CGGACAAGCGAGCAAAAUCAAAACACACUAGUGCACCCACGUUGUUGCGUUCUUGGUACUGUGCCAAAAAUGAGUCAGGAGCAGCCGAGGAGGCCGUCCGAGCAGCAGGCCGGCGGCGAGCAGGGCGCCAUCCGCUACGGCGACGUCUUUCCGGUGAGCGGCGGCCUCGAGGACAAGCCCAUCGCGCCGCAGGACGCGGCCACGAUGCAGUCGGCGGAGAGCCUCGUGUUCGGGCAGACGCUCAGGGGCGGCCCGGCCGCCGCCAUGCAGUCCGCGGCCACCAGCAACGAGCGCAUGGGCGUUGUCGGCCACGACCAGGCCACGGACGCCACCGCCGUGCAGGGCGUCACCGUCUCCGAGACCUGUGUCCCGGGCGGCCGGAUGGUCACCGAGUUCGUUGCUGGCCAGGUGAAUGCCUACAGGCGUCCCUCUGUUGUUGGCCAAUACCUUGCGCCGGAUGAUGCCAAGGCUGGUGCCGAGGGCACCGGAGCCGGAGGUGCAGCAAGAGGCGGUGGCGGCGGAGGUGGCGUGGAGGAUGUUACAAAGGUAACGAUCGGUGAGGCGCUGGAGGCAACGGCUCUUGCCGCAGGUGACACACCGUUAGAGCGCAGCGACGCGGCCGCCAUCCAGGAGGCGGAGGCAAGAGCCACCGGGCCGAACGCCAAUAUUCCCGGUGGCUUGGCCGUGCAGGCGCAGUCGGCUGCCGCGCGCAACAAGUGGGCGGCGCGCGACGAGGACAAGACAACGCUCGGCGACGUCCUCGCGGACGCGACGGCGAAGCUGGCUGCGGACAAGCCGGUGGAGAGCAGCGACGCGCUGAGGGUGGCGGGCGCGGAGAGCCACGGCAAGGGCGACGCGACACUGAGGCCCGGAGGCGUGGCUGCGUCCAUGGCUGCGGCCGCACGGCUCAACCGUGACGAGGCGGUCUGGGAGUAGUGAACUGUGCGUGCAGGAGCCAUCGUCUGGAGCCCUUAACCAACUAGUCUGGUCACUGGUGUGCGUCGCGAGUUUCUUCUGGAAUCCUACUAGCUGUUAGGCCCUGUGCUCGCCACGCAUCCUUAGUUUCGUGUCAUCGCAAAAGGUGUGUCUCUCGACUCGGCCGACUCGUAGUAUCGUACGUACGUGCAAUGUGUUGUAAAUAUGUGCGCCAAUAAUCAGCGUGAACGUGUUUUGGUUUGUA